AUGGCGGUGAUUACAGCUGCCGACCGCGAUGGCAUCCCCAUGGUGAUAGCCUUGAUCAGUCUUUCCGCCAGUAUCGGCGGAACUAUUGGCUAUGCUGUUGCUGUCGCCAUUUACUCGAACGCUUUCCCGAAGGCUCUCCUCGGCGCUCUUUAUACGGACAUGAAAGCCUACUAA